UUGAGAGCGACCAAGGUGACGGGUCUGGCGAAUGGAGCAACCAAAAUGUACAACAGAAGUGUCCACUGGGAAGCAAGACUUCCGGCAGGCGCACCACGUUUGCUAGGAUGGAACGUGCCACCAGAAGAGUUGGUUCAUAUACCAGAACAUUGGCUGGUCUAUCCUGAGCCGAACCCUGCCCUUCACUACCUUCUAGCUCUCUUGUACAUACUCUUCACCUUCAUAGCUCUCCUAGGAAAUGGCCUCGUUAUUUGGAUAUUCUCCUCGGCUAAAUCAUUAAGGACGCCAUCCAAUAUGUUGGUAGUGAACUUGGCGCUCUGCGAUUUUAUGAUGAUGCUCAAGACCCCCAUUUUUAUUUACAAUUCUUUUAAUACGGGCUUCGCUACUGGGAAUCUCGGAUGCCAAAUCUUUGCCUUUGUCGGUACCUUAUCUGGAAUCGGUGCUGGUACAACAAAUGCUGCUAUUGCAUACGACAGAUACAGCACUAUAGCUAGACCAUUGGAUGGAAAAUUAUCCCGAGGCCAAGUGCUGUUGUUCAUCAUUCUCAUAUGGACUUACACAAUUCCAUGGGGCUUAAUGCCUAUCAUGGGGGUAUGGGGAAAAUUUGCCCCGGAAGGAUUUCUCACAAGUUGCACUUUUGACUAUAUUACAGAUACUCCCGAUACCCGAUAUUUUGUGGCGACUAUUUUUACCUUUUCCUAUUGCAUACCGAUGUCCUUAAUUUUGACAUACUAUGGCAAAAUGGUGGGUCAUGUCAUGGACCACGAAAAAGCUCUACGUGAGCAAGCUAAGAAGAUGAACGUUGAAAGUUUGCGAAGCAAUGCCAACACGAAUGCUCAGUCCGCCGAAAUUCGCAUUGCCAAGGCCGCGUUGACGAUUUGUUUCUUGUUUGUUGCUGCCUGGACACCCUAUGGUGUGAUGGCGAUGAUUGGAGCGUUCGGAAACAAAUCUUUAUUGACGCCAGCUGUCUCUAUGAUACCUGCUUGUUGUUGUAAGCUUGUUGCUUGCUUUGAUCCCUACGUUUAUGCCAUCAGCCAUCCUCGAUACAGACUGGAAUUGCAGAAAAGAUUGCCUUGGUUGGAAAUUCAAGAAAAGCCAGUCUCAGAUACCAAUACUGCUACGACAGAAGCAGUCCCCGCCAGUAGUUAAGUUUGACGUGUUUCAAAUAUAUUUUUGGUAUCUAAAAUAAAACUAUUUUGUUGUCACAUCUGGUAAAUCCUAUAAGGCGAAUUCUGCAGAGUUUUAAACUACAGAAAAUGUAUUAUUUCCUGCGAAUGAAUGCAGAUUUCCUAAAAACAUAGAGUUCGAAAACUACGAAACUGCAAACAGUAAAGGAAAUAUCAAAGUUGUAUCUAAUUAUUAUUGUAACUGUUUUAAAAAAAUAAUAAGAAGAAAUAAAAUUAUUUUUGGAUAA